UUUUCCUUUUGGGUGCAGUAACCUGGUGGAGCAGCGGUUGCCGGAGUCGAGUUGUCGUAGUGGGUCUGGUCGGCGAGGAGGGCAGUGCCGGUCGGCGCAGGGUGGUAGACGGCCAUGGGCAGGAACAUGACGGCAGUGACGCCAAUGCCGGGCCGCGGGCUUCAUGUGACCUGCCUGGCGGUGAUGGUGCUGUGCGGGGUGCACCUCGCCGUCACCCUGUUUUACUACCUCGACGUGCACGUCUACACCGGGCAGAUGAUGCGGCGGUUCGGCAACUUCAUGGAGAGUGAAAGACUUUCCAUACCCGCCAACAGCACAGGCCCCAGCAGCGCAGGCCCCACCCGCACAGGCUCCAGCACCGCCGUGUCCUCUCCGCCGCCGCUUCAGCCUUGCCCAGAGACAUCGCCACUCCUCGCUGGUCCUGUUCUUGAUCUCCCUGACAUUCAGGAUUCGGAACAUCAUGAGCAUCAAGCAGCACAUGCCAAUGUGGGACCACUCGAAAUUGGAUUUUCUCAGUCUGUUAAUCUGGAGGAUGUGCAAAAGAUUAAUCCAUUGGUGAGGGAAGGAGGUCGAUUCGCUCCAGUGGAGUGUACAGCUCUUCAGAAAGUUGCCAUCAUUAUUCCUUUUCGCAAUCGUCUUCAGCACUUGAACUAUUGGUUAUAUUACUUGCAUCCAAUUCUCCAGAGACAGCAACUUGAUUAUGGGGUGUAUGUCAUUAACCAGCACGGAGAAGACACUUUUAAUCGUGCCAAACUUCUCAACGUAGGUUUUAUGGAAGCUUUGAAAGUAUAUGACUACAGCUGCUUUGUGUUCAGUGAUGUUGAUCUGAUUCCUAUGGAUGAUCGAAAUAUCUACAAGUGUUACAGCCAGCCAAGGCACCUGGCUGUGUCAAUGGAUAAAUUUGGUUUCAGAUUACCAUAUAACCAGUACUUCGGAGGAAUAUCAGCCUUAAGUAAAGAACAACAUGAAAAAAUCAAUGGGUUCCCGAAUGAUUACUGGGGCUGGGGAGGGGAAGAUGAUGAUAUCUACAACAGGAUUGUUUUCAAAGGCAUGUCGAUUUCACGCCCCAGUGGUGGUAUAGGGAAAUGCCGUAUGAUCAGACACAACAGGGAUCAAAAUAAUGCACCUAACCCUCAGAGGUUUAACAGAAUUAGUCAAACGAGGCAGACAAUGCAACAUGACGGUUUAAAUUCACUCGUGUAUAAGGUAUUAGAAGUCAAGAAAUAUCCGCUGUACACCUUUAUUGAUGUGGAUAUUGGUGGGCCUGGAAGACCUCCUUCAAGAUAACAAAAGUGGUGAAGAACUUCCUGAAGAAAAGAUGAACUAAACCUCAUUUCUUAAAUUCAUGCUACCUACCAUAUGUGCCUUAUUCAGUUACUUUCAUAUGCUGCAUUUCCUCCUUGUAUUUAUCAAAGUUGAUGUUGAAAUCAAAUUACGUGUGGGAUUUCUUCGCCUUAAUUCCGAGAAUUUGAACAUCAUGCGUUUUCAAAAUUACACUCUUAUAUCUCAAAACUAUUUUUGCAUGCAGGUUUUUAAAAUGAUCUUGCAUUAUGUUUCCUCAUCCAGUUUUGACUUUCAGACUCUCAGGAACAUACUGUCAUUGUUCUAAAUGUGUUACAUUUUUUUCAGUCAUUCAUCAGCUGAGGCAUCAUACGUUCUGUCUUGUGGAUAGCUUUAGAAACAUUGCUAAUUUAUUUGUAAUCCUGAUUUUGUUUUGUGUGUGUGCCUACACUAAUGACUAGAAAAUGUGAUGCCUGAAAUGUGAUACAAACCCAGCAGAAUCAAGCCGUGCUACCAAGUUGCCAAUGAAUUACAUUUUACUGUUAUAAGACUUUUGGCUAGGAGGAUUGGUUUUCUCCUAACAGUACAAUCCAUUCAGCUUUAAAUCUGAAGAGCUACAUCUCAUCUGAAUUCAGCUAUCCACUGUGAAGUUCCACUGUUGCGAAGAUGACUUCAACUCACUGGGGAGUCUGGCUCCUGAGUUAAUGCCUAGAUUAGAUAGCUAAUUUUUCUUUUUGCAUGUUCUCAGGAUGUGAACAGUCCUGACAAGGUCCAAUUUAUUGCCAACCCCUAGUUCUGAUGGGCCUUCUCCUUGAAUUACUAGUCUUGUAAUGGUGCUCCUACAACUGUUAGGUAGGAUAUUCCAGGAUAUUGAUUCAAUGACAAUGGUGAUGUAUAUCCAUAUCCGGAAUGUAUGAGUUGAAAGUGAUGGUGUUUCAAUCCCAUUCAAUUUUGAGGCUGAUGUCCCCUGAAACUGCUUUGUAUCAAUAUGAAAAUGCUAGUUUAGUUUUAGUAACACAUUUGAAAAGCAAAUGGAAGGGCACUUUUACCCAUGCCCUGUUUCUUGGUCUGGUUGGCUGGAAACAGUAUACAUCAAAAACUAAUAGAAGGAUUUCAAUGAAACUUGAUACGCAGGGUAUGGCCCAAGGAAGAACUGAUUAGUUUUUGGCAAUGUUACAAAUCCGGAUCCUGCGAAUUUUGUAAAGGAUCCCUUAACAUUGGGGAAAUGGAUGAAUUGACUAUUUUUAGAAUGUUGUGGAUUUAUUGUUUUAGAAUAUUGUGGGUUGUCUUCACUGAUGUGAUACAAUUUGUAACAGCUGUCAAAAUGUGAGCACAGUUUUCAGUGCAGGUUGUUGGAUAUGGAUUGGCCUGAAGCCAGUGAGAUGGAAGCUCAUAAUAAAAAGAUUCAUUUUUUUUCAGCUUUGUAGUUACAGAGCAUCAACCAGACAGGGAAAAGCCUUGAGGAAGAGCUUUAUAAUUGCAGUGUUGAGUUAACGUAGCAUGGGGGAGGUAUGCUCCCCACUGACUGUCCUCUUUACUUGUUAUGCCUGGUUCCAUCUGUCUCAUUCACGCAAAUACUUAUAUGCUAUUCUCUUCAUUCACACAGGCACAAUGCGUGGACACUUGCACACCGCAUAUGCUGUGGUGCGGCCCUUAAAAACUGUGGGCUGGAUUUUAUAGCCGCAAAUUGUGCAGGCUGCCCCCCCCCCCCCCCCCGGCAUGAAUCUAAAAGCAUUAAAAUACUGCGUAAUGGCAUUGGGUUGGUAAUACGGUGUCAUUGCGAUAUUACAGAAGGCAAGGGGUCAUGGAAAUGGGAAACCUGCCUGCCAUUUUGAAAAAACCAAUUAACAAGCUAUAGAGUUUGUUAAAGAGCCAAUUAUAUGCAAUUUUUCAUUGCGUGAUAUUUUUUUUGGGCAUUGGCAGCAAAAGGUUUGGUAAUGCUUUACAGUGACAAGACGGCACAAAAGUGGAAGAUACGGCCUGAUACCGGGACCAUGGCUGCAUGUAGUAGCAUAGUCUGCUGGUGAGGGUGACAGCAUCUUUAUGAUUUUGGACUUAAUUUAUUAACUUUUUUCAACCUGCAUGAGAAAAAUAGGUUGGGAGGCAGGGGAUCUUUAAAUCUGUAGGCAUGACCGACUUCCUCUUAAUAAUACAACGCCCUCUUAAUAAUACAACGCCUCUGCCUAGACUCCCAAUUUGGCACAGAACCCUCUUCACACCGCUUAUUGGCCACCUUCCUGCCGGACAGUCACUAAUUGGCUGUUGAACACUUGAUUUGCAAAUCUAAGGCGGCGGGGCAGGAGUGAGCAGACCACUCAAUUUCCAUUUCACCUCCUUCACCCCACCGAAAACAGUAAAAUCCAGCCUCAUGUAUGCCUGCACGCACAAACUGCAUGAACAUGUGCGCAUACGCACAUAGUAGUAUGUUGCUUUUUCUUUAAAUGCAAAUGAAAUUGAAUUGUCGCCACUUUUAACCAAAGAAUAUGAUUCAGAUGAUAUUUUUGAUGCAGCUUGCUAAAUAUAUAUCCUUUGACCCCAGACUGAGUGUUGUCCAAAGCUUAAAGAGUAGGAGAUUUGAAUAGGAUGUGCCUUACAUUACCAGGGUAAUGGCAAAGGGCCUUGAGUGGGAUUAUCAGUCCAAAAUUGGAUUAUGGCCAAUGUACCAUCAAGGAAGUUGCCAGCAUUUAUGGCAGUAACACAAGUUGCUGCAGCAAUGCCAGCAAACAGGAAUUUGUUACAUACCACUGCUAUUCCUGGAAACUUCUUCCAGAAAAUUAUAUUGCUAGAAAUUUUCUCUUGUGUAGAAGUUUAAACGCAGUUAACUCCCUGAUAUUAGACCAUAUCCUCUCUAUAAUAUCUUGUAGUCAUUAGCUGACCUUGGAUGAAAGACUAACUUGACAGUUGAGGCAGUUCACAAUGGUAACCUGGCAUUUUUUAAUUACCUAUAUCUGUAUGUGGCUGAUCUCCCAGUGUCACAUUGGGGUCAGCUCAUACUUGAAUUAUCCUGGCUUGUAGUCUGGCAUUUCUGAAUGUCUUGGCUGUUUAUUCUGACUGUGGUUGUCAGCCUGCACACUUCUCUUCAGGAUUCCUUCAUUCUAUUUUUGAGGCAGCAAUUUUUGCACAAACUGAAGGGACUUGCCCUAAAACGUACUGGUUCAUCAGGAUGCUUUAAAUCUAGGUUUGCUUAGCUACUGAGAACCAAGGAUGCAGAAAAAUUUGAGUUAAACAAAUACAUGCAGGGCAGAGUUAAUACUGAAAUCUUAUUUCAGGAGUGAGUAAUGGGAUUUGCAUUGGCAUUUGUAAAAUGUCUCAUUUAAACCAUUUGUAGGUUUUGGGUCUUUUGAUUAUGGUUAGGUUCUUGACUGUAUCUACCAGUUGUCAAUUGCAGCAGAAGGUGCAAUUGCCUGUCAUUGCACCUGGCAUAAAACAAAACAGGCUACAUCAUUAAAGUAAACAAGAACCACAUGAAUUCUCAAGGGGAAAGCUUUGUAGUACACAUCCACUAUCUUUGGAGCUUUUCUUUCUUUAGCCCCAAGGACCUUAGAAGUGUAUAGCACAGGAGGGGGCCAUUCAACCCGCCGGGCUGAAUUUUAACUCUCAAAAAUGGGGAAGGGGAGAUGGUGGAUCAUGUCAGAAGUUUAAAAUGCAGGCAAUCUGAAAAAAGAACCCAACCUGGCCACUGGUAGUUUUAACAGGUGGUCUGAGGGGCAGGUGAGCAACUUGCUUGCAUGAAGCAGGUUGGAGGUUUAAAUAUUAUAAUAAGACUGCAUGUAUUCAUUUUAACAUCAUUAUAGUUUGAGGCAGCAGAGUUUCUUGGGUCUCAGGAAACUUGGCAGCUUAGAGGAGGGAUGAACGGGUAAAUGCCAUUACUUGAGGGACAGACAAGAAGAGCAGGAGUGCUUCUUCAAGCCCAACGAGCUACCCUGUAGCAACACAUACUGGCAAGAUGUCUGCUCCCCCAUAAUCACCGUUAAACUCUAUCCCUUUCCCACCAUGACCACCAUCUGUUCCCCUGCCUUGACUGCUGUCUGCUCCACCCCUCCGAACUGAGUGGCAGAGUCAGAUGCUUCCAUUUGUUUCAACUUCUUUAAACCAUUGUUCAAGGUUUUUUGAAGCAGUGACAUUGAGAGUCCAAGUAUCAAUUCUAUGUUACACUGAGUAUCCAGUCUGAGCUGUUAAGAGCAGAGGGUAGUGUGGAGCAGAAUCAGAUUAGAAUCUUCUAGAAAGCUGUUCUCCCACUUUCUAAAAUGCAACAAAAAUGUGAACUAAGAGGGAGGAUAUUUCACAGGCAACAAAUGAAGAAAAGUGAAGAAAUGGUGUUACCAUAUAUGCAGACAUGGGCAACCAGAAUAAAAUGUUAAUGAAGAAAAGCCUGCAGUUUUGAUGCAUGAACCAUUUGUUGUGUUUAUUCGAGCUUGAGGAAAAUAGGAACAGAAGGGAUCAUUGCAAUCCUUUGAGCCAAUCCCAAGAGUAAAAGUAUGCCAUGUCUUAUUUUGCAAUUGCUCCUUUCACAAAAAUAUUUUCCAGCUCCCUCUUGAAUUUGCAGGCACCUUUCCCUCCAUAACCUCUUGGCCAGCCCAUUCCAUACAUUCACCAUCCUCUGAAAUAGCUAAACCUAAACUCGUUUGAGUUUUAGUCUCUGCCCCGGUUACAGUUUUGGUUGUGCCAGGUUUGUAUUUUAUACGUGCCUUAUUCUUGUAAACCUUGAUCUGUUCUCUCCAAAAUUUCCUAUUUUCAGUAUAAUAUUGCCAGUUUCUUCAGUAGCUAAAGUUAAUUUCUGCCAUCAGUUUAUUUGCCUUUUAAUGAGAACAAAAGCAAUAGGAGCUGGAGUAGGUCAUUUAGUCUUUCGAGUCUGUUCUGCCGUUCAACAAGAUCAUGGCCAAUCUUCUACCUCAACUCCACCUUCCCACACUAAUCUCAUAUCCCUUAAUUCAUUUGGAAUGCAAAGAUUCUCAGCCCUUUGAAGAAAUUCCUCCUCAACUCAGUCAUGAAUUGUUGACCCCUUUAUUCUGAACUGUGACCCUACGCUCUAGAUUCCAAAGCCUCUUUAAAGCCAGGAUGUCACCACUCUAAUUUGAUGUAUGCAGCCCCAUGUAAUGUUUCUAACACAGACCUAUGAGACACUAUUCAUUUUUUUCAUCCUAAUGCAGCCCCAUGUCGAACUGUUCUUUGCAAUGUCCCAAAAUUAGUUGUGUUCCUCAGAUGAAGGAUGGCUGUGCUUUUGGAGUGAAAUUCUUGUCCUGAUAUCAAACAUUGACUUGUCAGAUGCAGAGCAGAAUUCUUUACAUGAGCCUAUUGCAAAAGCAUAUACUUCAAUUCUUGCAACUAUUCAGUCUAACAAUGUUUUACAAAAAAACAAUUUGUGCAAUAAUUAUUUAUACUGUGGACAUUUGUAUUUUGUAUUGAAUCAUUUUGAAAUACAAUUUGUUUGCAA